AUGAAGAGCGUUGUCGGUCUCAGCCUGCUCGCAGAGAAAGUGGCCAACUUCCCGUGGACAUUCUGGCCCGAGUGCUACUCCAACGAGAACACCACCGAGCCCGUGUGCGUCUUCACCGACCAAAAGUUCGCUUCGGGAAGAGGCAUAUACAUCGUUUCAACGGCGUCGCUCGCAUACCAGAUGCUGAAGAAGCCCGCCUUCUCACGGCCUGGAGCCCUCGACAGGAUAAACCAGCACGCAAAUCCGCCCUACGUACAGCACGAAUUCCCCGGCAAAGGCCGAGGCCUCGUGGCCAAUAAAACGCUCCAUCGAGGCGACCAAAUCUUCGCCUCUACACCCCUCGUCAUCACCAACCCCAUCUCCUACCAUCUCGUCGAAGAGGAGCGCCUCCGCCUCGCCCACCGCGGCGUCGAGACCCUCCCACCCGCCUCACAGUCCCUCUUCUGGGCCCUGCUCGACCACUUCAAAGGCGACCCCGUCGACGACCGCAUCAACACCAACGCGUUCGAGAUAGAAGUCGACGGCGUCGGCCAGUACGCCGUGCUCCCGGAGAUCGCAAUGCUGAACCACGACUGCCGGCCCAACGCGGCCUACUUCUGGGACGAGGAGACGCUGAGCCACUACGUGCACGCGACACAGACCAUCUACCCGGGCGAGGAGAUCACCAUCACGUACAUCAACAACGAGCGCAAGCGCAGCCUGCGCAUGGCGAACCUCAAGCGCAACUGGGGCUUCGACUGCAGCUGCAGCGCAUGCUCGGCGCACCCGGUCUUCGCCGCCGAGUCCGACGCCCGCAUCCAGCAGCUCGACGACGUCGCCAAGGAGCUCAACGACUGGACCGCGGAGAGCCGUGCCACGCCUGAGAUGGCUGAGCUGCUCAUCUCGCUGUACGAACAGGAGCGCCUGUUCGCUAGCAUGGGCUAUGUGUACAAGCACGCCGCCGAGGCGUACAGCAGCUUUGGCGACCGCCACAAUGCGGUUAAGUAUGCGCGGCUGAGCGUGGAGGUGAAUUCCUUGGAUAAGGGGUUCAGGGAUGUCGAUGUGCUGGCGAUGAAGAAGAUGGCGCAGGAGCCGGAGCAGACGUGGAGCUGGAAGAAGAGGGUGGGGCAUCAGAGGUUUGAGGGGAGUACGUGUGCGUGCGGGCAUACGCAUUAGCGCCGAGCGAAUGCGAAGGACAUAACGGAUCGUGUUAUCUUGUUGGCGUUUUGGACGGAUGGGAAUUGGGCAUUUGGAGUUGGGGAUCUAGUCUGCUAUGGCGUUGAAAAGGCAUUGGAGCACUCAUGUCGCGAGUGGAUGGCGCACUGUCGCUCGGCAUUCAUCACAAUUACUAC